GUAAAGAAAAGAAUCUCCUGAUCGCAAAAAGUAGUAAAAGUGCUAAAAAAAGAGCAAAAGAGAAAAAAAUAACUUCUAAGCUGGUCUCAAAAGCAAUUAGUAAGGCGGUAGCUGCCGUAUUUAGUAAAAGUAAAGGUAAGGAGAAGGAUGAAACCUCAUCAAGUUUUGAAAGUGAUAGUGAUGAUGAUAGUGAGACAGAAACAUCAAGUAGUUCUAGUAGUUCUAGUAGUUCUAGUAAAUCACACAGUUCAAAAGAUAAUAGGCAAAUACCAAAA